CGUAUUCGCCUGUCGCAUACACAACGUUUUCGUCGUCGUGUUUUUGUAUCAGCGUCCGCUGUUGCUCGCAAUCAACUAAACAGUUUUAAUUUUCAAUUCGAAGUGUACGCUUUGUGCUGCGGUGCAACGGCAUAAUUACAACACACCGAACAAAGUGUGUUCAGGCGGACAGAGAUAUUUGGACAAAGCCAAGCAAGAACAAGGGCAGGCAGACACACAGCCACCCUCCACCCGCCGAAUGAAGUGCAAGUGCGAUUGUUUAUAUAUAAACAUAUAAAUCAACAACAACAACAAUUAUAUUAAGUAAAUAAUCUAAACAAACCCAUAGCGACUCGUACGUCAAGCAUUGGGAAGUGGUCGACGCCGUGCGUGUGUUCUCUGCGUCCAAACGAAAUUCGCAACCUAAAUAAAAACAGAUGAGAUUUAUGAUGAAGUAAACAAUAUUGUGUUGGGUUUAAUUGUCGAUAGGCAAAAAUGAUUUGAGAAUUGUUUAGAGCAAAAAUGAUGAAUGAACUCUGAAAGUGAAGUUGUGUUAUGCGCGUGGCGAUUAAUUUUCAAAAUUUACUACUGACCGACAACAACUUUUGUUACGCGAAAGUAAUCACAAACUACAGCAACAACAGCAACAGCACCGUGCAACCGCUAAAGCUGUGUGAAAGUGUAAUUGGUUGAAAGAGAAAGAGAAAAAAAGAAAAGAAAAAAAAAAAUCAAAAAGAAACAAUAGAGUAAAACACAACAAACCGCAUACCGCAUAUCGCAAACAAACGAGUACUAAAUUUCCAAACGAAAGUAUUGCCAUUGCGCGUCGCUACAAGCACUGCCUUUUUUUUCGAAUUAACAAAAUCACAUUCGCUAACAUUCCCGUAGUAACGACGACCGUUCCUCUUUUUAAAUUUUCUUGAAAAAUUUGUGUUAACUUUUAAUACGCAACAAAGCACGCCAAAAUGUUUGAUGUAUUCGGCUCCGUCAAGGGGCUGCUGAAGAUCGAUCAGGUCUGCAUCGACAACAAUGUCUUCCGCAUGCACUACAAGGCGACGGUGAUCAUAUUGAUUGCCUUCUCGCUGCUCGUCACCUCGCGUCAAUACAUUGGCGAUCCCAUCGAUUGCAUUGUCGAUGAGAUUCCGCUCGGUGUGAUGGACACUUACUGCUGGAUUUACUCCACCUUUACCGUACCGGAACGUUUGACGGGCAUCACCGGACGUGAUGUUGUCCAGCCGGGUGUUGGUUCGCAUAUAGAGGGUGAAGACGAAGUGAAAUAUCACAAAUACUAUCAGUGGGUGUGUUUCGUGCUCUUCUUCCAAGCCAUACUCUUCUAUGUGCCUCGCUAUUUGUGGAAAUCAUGGGAAGGUGGACGCCUCAAAAUGUUGGUUAUGGAUUUGAAUUGUCCCAUUGUGAAUGAUGAUUGUAAGAAUGAUCGCAAGAAGAUACUCGUCGAAUAUUUUAUGGGCAAUUUGAAUCGUCACAACUUCUAUGCAUUCCGUUUUUUCGUUUGUGAGGCUUUGAAUUUUGCCAAUGUUAUUGGACAAAUAUUCUUUGUGGAUUUCUUUUUGGAUGGCGAAUUCUCCACAUACGGCAGUGAUGUGCUGAAAUUCACCGAAAUGGAACCGGAUGAACGUAUCGAUCCGAUGGCACGUGUUUUUCCGAAAGUCACCAAAUGCACCUUCCACAAAUACGGUCCAUCCGGUUCGGUGCAGAAAUUCGACGGUCUCUGUGUGUUGCCAUUGAAUAUUGUCAAUGAGAAAAUCUACGUAUUCUUGUGGUUCUGGUUCAUCAUUUUGAGCAUAUUGUCUGGCAUUUCAUUGGUUUAUCGCAUGGCUGUUAUCAUUGGACCUAAACUACGUCAUUUGCUGUUGCGUGCCCGUUCCCGUUUGGCCGAGAGCGAAGAAGUUGAGGCGGUGGCAAAUAAGUGUAAUAUUGGCGAUUGGUUCCUGCUGUAUCAGCUGGGCAAGAAUAUCGAUCCAUUGAUCUACAAGGAGGUGAUAGCGGAUUUGGCGCGUGAAAUGGGCGAACAUUCGAGCAGCAAGCAACCAUUCGAAGCUUAAAUGGCCGCUAAUGGCCAAUUUUCUCUUGCGAAUCGCAACGUCAGUGCCACUGAAUACUAAACUAAGAUGUUUCAGCAUCCUCCAGCACUUAUACAUACAUACAAACAUACAUGAAUGCCACAUACAAACUACAUACAUAUCUAUAUUACAACAACAAGAAAAAAAGAAGAAAAAAACAACAACAACAAACGAUACACAAAUAUACAAGCGCACACUUAAAAUAAUAAAUAGCCUAUGUAGACACACAAACAAUUUCGAGUUGUUUGUAUACACACAAGCACAAUGAGAUUCCUGGACCGCAAACCAGACAAAAAUUGGCAUGUCACAAUAAUCUGCGAAUUUUUUUUUUCGCCUUAUGAUAUACAUAUAUAUAUAUAUGUAGGUGUAUAAUUGGCGCUUAGAGCCUUCUCCUAUUUGUGGUGUGCCUAAUGAUGUUUUGCACAAGUGGAGCGGCUAACAGUUUUAUGUCCCCUCCGAAUAACAGUUCAUUCUGUUUGUGAGGAUUUCUCUCACUCUGAAAUACUCUCAACAGCUUGCCAUUGUCUGCUGAGAGAGGACCGCUAUUGGAAAACACUUUUUGUAUUAUUUGAGUAAUAUGCAUUUUAAGUGCUAUGCACGAAGUGAAGACGAAACGGAUUUUGUGACACGCCAAUUCUUGUUUAAAUUUUGUGAAAUUGCGAAUUUCUGAUAUUUGUCUUUUUGUAUACAAAUAAAUAUUUUAAGCAAUAAGAAGUAAUUAUAUCAUUUUAAUUCUAUACAAAAGCAAAAACAAAAAAAAAAUAAAAACGAUGAAACAGCAAAGUCUACAAAAUAUCGACUAUGAAUACAUAUGUAACAACAACACUCCAUUCAAAUUGCCUACAAAUCGAAAAAUUGUAAAGUUAACAUUCUAAAGUAAAAGAGACAAAUCAUACAAAUAGUUCAAGCAUUUUUACAAUGAAAAAAUUUUAUCAAAAAAAUAAAAGAUUUUUACACAAAAAAAAAAAAAAAAAAUAAUAAUAAUAAUAAAUAGAAAUUAAUUAUAGGAGUAAAAGGAAAAGAAUCUUAUGAAUCUGUUAGUUUUUUGCUAAUGAAGAUAAAAACCGGAAAAUAAAUACAAAAGUGAUGACAAAAUGUAUUUUUGUAAAAAUGUAGAAACAACAAUACAUACAUAGGUACAUACACAUACAUAUGUAUACUGUUUGUGACAGAGAGCCACACAUAUUUUCAUAUACACACAAACACUUAAAUCAAACAGACAACAAACAAAC